UUUAAAAGACUUUUGCUCCAGUCUAGUGACGUGACAUUCACGGAGGUCUGCUAUCAAGUUUAUCCAGAGGUUUAAUCAUCCACAAGAGAGAAAUGGAUAACAGCCCCGGCGGUGGAGGAGUAAUCCUGUAUGCUGGCUCCUCUGGCAGUGCCAGUCCCAGCCCUGGCAGCCCUUCCAGUGGAUACCAGACACAAUCACCUUCUUCACACUCCCAGCCCUCAUCUCCAGAGGAGGUUACCUUCACGGAGAUUGGGGCAUUGAAACAAAGGGCAGCUGGGUGCAACACUCCAUCCUCCAAACUGGUGUUCCAAUUCCCAGAGGUCUAUAGUGGCCCCUCAACACCAGCAGCUACUCCACAGCAUUCCUAUGCACACCCCAUUGCGGGGAAAAGGCCAUGCGGAUUUCCGGGAACUUUCACCAAGACAGGUGGAAUGGUCUUGCUUUGCAAAGUCUGUGGCGACAUUGCAUCUGGUUUCCACUAUGGAGUGCAUGCAUGCGAAGGAUGCAAGGGGUUUUUCCGACGCAGCAUCCAGCAAAACAUCAACUACAAGAUGUGCGUGAAGAAUGAGAACUGUCUGAUCAUGCGGAUGAAUCGGAACCGGUGCCAGCACUGCCGUUUCAAGAAAUGCCUCUCUGUCGGCAUGUCAAGAGAUGCGGUGCGUUUUGGCCGUAUCCCUAAGAGAGAGAAGCAGCGACUUCUGGAUGAGAUGCAGAGCUACAUGAACAGCCUAAAUGAGUCGGCUGCCAUGGACAUGGACUCCCCUUCAGUGAGGGAAAAUCCCACCAGCACAGACGACGGUACCUCAAAAGAGGCCAUUGGAGCCAUUUCCAGAGCCUAUCGUGACAUCUUCACCAGCAACAGCAGCAACCAGGAGCGAGCAUCCAAGUCAGGCAACAUCAUCUCCAACAACAACAACAACACAUCUCCCUUUUCUCAGGAUGGCAAUUUUCCUCAAGUUUCAUCUCACCCCUCCUCAGCUCAGAGUUAUCAGUCUUGCCCAGUUACCCCCGCCAGUGUAUGCCCAGUCUCCUCUAAUCACAACCAACCUGCAUUUAACAAUAUGGACAGCAAUCGGUAUACCUAUUUAGUGUCAUCAAAUCAGAAUCACAACAAGUCAAAUGCUACAAUACCUCAAAGGGGAAGCUCUGCCAAUCAUGACAGUUUCCACAUUGCAGGCAGUACCCAAAAUCAGCCCUCGUGCCCAUGGAAGUUAGCUCCAGGAGCUAAAGUGCUGGCCUGUCCUCUCAACGCGUGCCCUGUGUCAGGGGCAGAACGCACAAGUCAGGAGAUAUGGGAGUCUUUCUCUCAGUGUUUCACCCCUGCUGUCAAGGAGGUUGUAGAAUUUGCUAAAGGCAUCCCAGGAUUUCAAGAGCUUAGCCAACAGGACCAGGUCAUGCUGCUAAAAUCAGGCACCUUCCAGGUUCUGAUGGUGAGGUUCUGCACCUUGUUCAAUGCUGGGGAGCAUACAGUGACAUUCCUGAAUGGCCAAACUUACCCGCUGCCCACUUUGCGUGCCUUGGGCAUGGGCUCUCUGCUGGAUGCAAUGUUUGAAUUCAGUGAGAAGUUGAGUUCUCUGGGACUAGAGCCUGAUGAAAUGGCUCUCUUCAUGGCCGUGGUGCUGGUCUCUGCAGACCGUUCCGGCAUUUCGGACACGAGGGCCGUGGAGCAGCUACAGGAGGGCCUUAUCCGCGCCCUGCGUUCACUGAUCACUCGCCGUCGUCCAGAUGAUACCACCCUCUUCUCCAAGCUGCUUCUGCGCCUUCCAGACCUCCGCACCCUCAACAACCUGCACUCUGACAAACUGUUGGCCUUUCGCAUUGAUCCUUAAGAAGUCCCCUCUUUCACAGAG